AUGGGGCUUGCACCCGGACCCCUUGGGAGAGUCGGUGCGGAGAUUGUGUGUGAUGACACUUUAGUGCAAUACGCAGCAUACCUUGCUCUGUUCUCUCUUCGGAGGAGCGGAUGGUAUCAUUCGAUUCCGAUCAUUCUGGUGGGGAUGGCGCUUCACUCUUUUUUUCCCGGUCAGUUUAUGCUUCCUCCCCUGCGUUUUUUGGGGGGGGGUGUUUGGAAAGAGUUUUUUUGGCGACCUUGCUAA